AUGGCAGGGACAGUGAUUUAUGCGGUGACAAAAUCCAAAUUAUGUGGUAACAAAAUUCAAAUUAUCUACGUGCGGUUCUGUUUCAUGGCCAAAUUUAUCGGAACUUUUCGGACAUUAUUCCGAAAAUUUUUAUGA